CCGAGAAUCUUUGCAUCACGCAAAUAUUUAUUGACACAACCAGCAUUUCGUCUAAUUUGUUGCUGGUCAACCAAGUCGUUACUCUUUGCGAUCAUUCCAGAUCAAUAUACAACAACUUUACACAAAGACACACAAUUAAUCUUUGUUCAUCUACCACCAACCCUCUCUCUUCAACAUAGAAUAACUUUAUUCUAAACAAACUAAUGGACUCUAUGGCAAUCAUUGGCGACAAGACCAAACACAAGAAUAUUCCCAACGAGGAUGGAAGCAAUCUUUGUGUAUGUUGUAAGCGAUACAACCUCCACUACUCUAAAAAGUAUAAUAUCAAUGCAAGCAACAGAGAUGCUUAUGUAGCAGCCUUCAACUUUGAGGUGCCAAUUGGCGUCUGUUGCAACUCUUGUUAUAACAAGCAGUAUCGAUUUAAUAAGAAUCAAAAUGGUAAUAGUCACCAUUCAAAUGGAUGUGGUGGUGAUAAUGAAAAUAAUCAAACGGAAAAUUCAGAGGUAAAACCAAAGAGAAAACGAAAUUCAAGGAAAUUAUCCCUUGCUUCUUCAUCAUCUGCAUCUUCUUCGAAAGAGGAGGACGAAACCCUUCGAAUUGAUGAAGAGGAAACUUCAUCUAAUAAUUCUCUGAAAAGAUCAUCUAACUGUUCCUCUUCUGAUCAAGAGGUUUCAUCAUCAAAGAAGAGAAAACGUUCAUUGACUUCGUUGGUGACGACCACAAACACAACUACCACAGUUGACCAAAAUAAUCCAGUUGAUCAAUUACAGAAUUCACAAAAUGAUUUGUUGACUCCCUGGAAUGCACUUUCAAAUCAAGAUGAUGAAUUCUUGAAUUUAUUGGAAAGCAUUCCCACGGAUAAUAAUUAUGUGAAAUCGAAUAAUCAAGUCGAAACCCUUCUUCCACAAAUUCCACACCAACCAACAACUGCUUACUCUCUUCAAUCAUUACUGAAUGAAAUGGCCAAUACCAUUCCAAAUAAUAAUAAUAUCCACAAUUCUUCAACUCCUCAAUAUUCCAACAUGAUACUUUACAAUCAAUUUAAUAAUAACAAUACGAAUAAUUUAAAUACAGCAACAGUGAGUUCUACAGCAUCCUCUCCUUCCAAAUCAUUUGUGGAUAUGGUUUUAGGACAAGACACAACCACCAAAAUGUUAAAUUCUUUGGAUAUUAAUGAAUUGGCCAUGAAGAGAAUGAAAGCCACAACCAGUAAUGGACACAAUCAACAACAAGAUCACCAUCCAUUGAUGGGCAUUCCAAAUGUACAGUUAGCAUCUGCUUCGAAUAGUAACAAUGAAAUGGUUCAGCCAUUUUGUAUUCUAGAUCAAUCCAAUAAUUCCAAUUCCAAUAUUACUAGUAAUAUUACUAGUAAUAAUAACACCACAACUCCAAAUAUCAUGACAUCCAAUUUAUCAACAAGUGCAGCUGCUGCUCAAUUCUAUAACACGUCUCCAUCCUCAGCUCCAUUCCUUUCUCAACUCUUCUCCUUACCAUCAUCCAAUUCACAUCAACAAUAUCCAGUAGUGACUCCUCAAUUUUCACCAAAUGGAACUGCUCAAGCUGCCAUGUUUGUCAUUUUCUUUGAUGAGACGAAGAUUUUAACAGUGGCAGAUUAUUCACAUUAUGAAAAUUCACUCAUGACUUCCAAGUUUUCAAUUCACAAAUGUUGCACAUUCUCAUUCUUGUGUGAACAAUUGAGUGAAAAGAUGGUCAAUGAGAAAAAGUUGUGGAAUAAUAACAUGUUAAAAUCCAUAACGCAGAUCAAGUUGAAGAGAAAUGGAGUAUUGACACCAAUUGACCCAUACACAACACCUCAAUUACAAUUUGAGCAUGGUGAUGUUUUAUUGGUCCAUUUGGUUUAGUUUACUUCUUCUUUAAACAGUACAUUCUGAGAGCAAAUAAACCCUUUUCCC